GGCCUUAUCAAACGCCGAUCGUUGUGAAAGUGCAAACAUUAUUCUUUCUUAGUUCAUAUUGUUUCGUUCUUUUGUUCCAGGUAAUUUCUGAAUCAUUUUCUUCUUACACGUAGCGCUUUUUGUGAGUGUUUCCUUAUUAAGAAGAUUCAGGAUAUUGUCAUUAUUCUUACUUUUUUGUGCAUUACAGUUUAUGUCAUUUUUAAAAGUGGCAUACAACUUGGAAUUUAUCUUUAAAGAAUUUUCAUAUAUUUUUGUUACCAUGUUAUUUAUUGUAAGUUAUAACUCCUAUUAUUUUAAUUCUAAAGAAGUGAAAUAUUUGUAUGAACAAGUUAAAUUAGACUGGAAUAUGAUCGAAGAUAUUAGUGAAAUUAGAAUAUUGGAAAAGUAUGCCUUUGAAAGUCGUCUUUUUUCCUUGUUUCUGUGUUUUCUUAUCCUCGUUACUGUAUUUGUUGUUACAAUAGUGGAAUUAAUACCAGUUAUUCUUGAUGCUAUUGUACCGAGGAAUGAAUCUCGGCCACGUAAAAUUACAAUAGACUUUGAACUUUUUAUUGACGAGCAACAGUAUUUUUAUGUUUAUUUAAUAUAUGAAAUUAUAGUAAUAAUAAUUGGAAUGUUUUCGAUACUUGCGACGGGAACAUUAUCGAUGGCGUUCUUGAGGCAUUGUUGUGCAACUUGUAAAAUUGCUAGUGACUUAAUUGAAAAUAUGGUGACUAAACGUACACUUCAAAUUCCUACUUGUCAGAAGACGCACAUGAUGUAUCGGAAAAUUAAUCGUGCUGUUCAUAUCCAUAGGAAAUCUGUUCAGUUUUCUACAUUUUUAAUGAAUAUUAUGAACAAAUGGUAUUGUGGUAUAAUAAUAAUCAGCGUAAUAUCUUUAAGUUGCAAUCUUUUUCGAUUACUUAAUGCAUUAAGAACAUCACAUGAGGUUUCCGAAAUAGUCAUGUGCGCGGGUAUGGUAGUAGCUCAUUUUGUGAUUAUAUUUGUACCUAAUUUUAUUGGACAAACACUUACCGAUCAUGCUGCAGAAAUAUUUAAUGCCACGUAUAAUACGAUGUGGUAUUUAGCUCCAUUAUCAAUACAAAAAUUGCUUUUAUUUGUGAUGCAAAAUUCUCUGAAGACUCACGCUGUAAUAAUUGGUGGUAUUUAUGUAUCAUCUUUAGAAGGAUUUUCUACGCUUACAACUACAGCAAUAUCAUAUUUUACUGUGAUAUAUACUGUGACGAUAAAAUAAUACAUACAAAAAUUUUAAUUGGCUAAAAAUUGGCUUUCAAUGUAGUGGUAUUAUCACUUUUUCAUACCAAAAGAUAAUAAAAGAUUUGUAGGUACGUAAUUGUUUCUUAAAUAAAUAUUUGCUUAAACAAAAACAUAAACAUCAUAUAAGUAUAUAAAAUUUAAACUUGUACAGUUAACAUAACAAAACUAAUUUUGACUUUUAGCACUUAACAUAUAAUAUACGUAAACAAGAAUAAA